AUGUCUGAGCUCCGCAGGACAAUGGACUGGAUAUCCGAGGCCGACUUUGAAAUCAAACUCAUUGUGGCUGGGAACCACGAUAUUACGCUAGAUCCGGAAUUUUAUGCACAGCACGGGCAGGGCCUUCAUGGUGACCAACUUGAAGAUCCACGACAAUGCGUUGAGGUUAUCACCAGGUGGAAGCCUUCGGUCCAACUGCUUCAACACCAGGCAGCUACCAUCCGAUUAACCCGAGCCGAUGGCCCAAAGACAUCAUUCAAGGUGUUCGGAUCUCCAUAUUCCCAGUUUCAGGGCAACUGGGCUUUUGGAUACGAAUCAAGCAAGGCGAAAGCGCUCUGGGAUUCAAUACCCCUGGACACCGACAUUAUCGUGACGCAUACGCCACCGCGCUCUCACUGCGACCAGAAGCCGAAUGGAAAGUUCGUCGGGUGCGACGCGCUUCGCCGGGCUCUCAACCGCGUCAGGCCACCGUUGGCUAUAUGUGGCCAUGUGCAUGAAGGACGAGGCUACGAGAUAAUCCGCUGGCAGCCCGCGCUUAUCAGAGCAAGGCCUGAUGCUGACGGCGUCGAUGGUUUCACUCGGGGCGUUCUGCCUUCCACUGGAAGUAAAAAGCAGAGCCUUGUCGACCUCACGGAUAAACGGGGCCCACGCCUGGACAACGAGGGAUUUUCAUGCUCGUUGCCGGCCUCUGCCAGUCCGAUGUCACCAUCCGGGGUGUCAGCGGUCUCUGGGCAGGGCUGUGCUCCGUCUGUGAGCGCUGCUGAUACCCAUGGGCUCGAUCAGGCCCUGCACACGCUGAGAAAGGAAACGUGCAUCGUCAAUGCUGCCAUCGUUGCCACUAGCUGGCCGCAUCGGGGAGGCAAACGGUUCCAUGCGCCGAUAGUGGUCGACUUGGAACUGCCAGUCUGGCAAGAUAUGGCCGCCGCUGAAUCACAACGCAUCUGA